CCGCAGCUCUUCUGUUUGCCCCUGCCCUGGGGGAAAAGACUUUGAGAAGAUGGAGAAGCAGAGGGCAGCGCUCUUGGGAUACGUCCACUGGGAAGGAAAAGAGGAAGGGGAUGAGGAGGAUGGGGUGGCUCCUGGUGCUUCUCCUUCCAGCCAAAUGAGCGAACUGGAAGAUGUGCAGGUGGAGAUGCUCGAGAAGGCAAGAGAGCUCUUCCAGCUGUGUGACAAGGAUGAGAAGGGUUUUAUCACCAAGGUGGACAUGCAGCGGCUUCAGAGUGAACUCCCCCUAAGCCUUGAACAGCUGGAGACUGUUUUUGACAGCCUGGAACAGAACAAUAACGGAUACCUGACGCCUGUGGAGUUCAGCAUGGGCCUAGGAAAGUUAAUAGGGAUCGAAUUGUGUCAAGGGGCUGGGAGAAUGGAUCACUCCAGACACGAGGAGACCUUUGAGUCAGGCUGGUCAGAUGACUUGGAUGUGGCAGAUGAUGAAGAGAAACGAUUCUGUUCCAUGAUGGAGCAGCUUGGAGCAGCCCACAUGUUUGAAGAUCCGCGUGAGAUUCGGGAGCUCUGGGCUCGGCUACGAAAGGAGCAUCCGGAGCUCUUAUCCAAUUUUGAAGAGUUUCUGUUGCGUGUUUCGUCAUACAUAAGGGAGGUGAAUCACGAGAAGGAGUCUAUGGAACAGGCAUUGAAGCGGAAGGAGACAGACCAUGACCGAGAAGUCAGGUGCCUUUAUGAAGAAAUGGAGCAACAGAUCAAAGCAGAAAGGGAGAGGCUGAUCUGCCAGGAAGCACUGAGACAUGACAGGAGCAACCUGCUCCAGAAGGAACUGCGCAGCAAAGAGCAGGAGCUGGAGAAAAUCCUGUACCGCCAGAAGAAGCUGGAACAUCAGCUACAGUCUCUGAACUCAGAGCAGCUGGAGACCCGUGUGCAGAACGAAAGGCUUCGGCACCUGAAUGAAAACCUGCUGGAAGAGCUGGAGAAGAGCAAAUGGGAGCUGGAGGUGGUGAAGGGGCAAUUACAGAAGCUCCAGAAAGAGGCUCAGCUUGAGCAAGAGCAGAAGGACAGGGAUGUGUUUAGAGUCUCCAAGAACAUGCAGAAAGAGAAACAAAGCCUUCUGCGGCAGCUGGAGCUCCUCAGAGAUAUGAAUAAGAAACUUCGAGAUGAGCGAGACGCUUUUGAAGCCAAGAAGCUGGCGCCACAGAGCAAAAAGCCCCUGCUGAAGAAAGGGUCAGUGCUAGGCAGUUACCUGCUGGACGACAAGCUGGUCAAACGACAACUGGCCUCUGCGGACCUUCCCUUCACCUUUCCAGUGGAUGUGGCAGUGGAAGAACCCAACAGAAAGAACUGUAAAUACUUCCCAGGCAAUGGGACAUGGCUGAAGACAGGAGAAGGAGGCAGCACAAACUUCAGAGAGAAGAGCAGAGACAAGGAGAGAUGGUCAUUGGCAGCAGAUGCUGAGUGGUUGAAGAUGACUUUGAAGGGUGAUGCCGACUGUAGAAAAAAUGCCGAUGGAUUAGAUGAUGCUCCAUUGCCUCCUAGAGGACAGCCUGUUGGCACCGAAACCAGGCUCCAGGCACUGGAACCAGCCAGCUGUUCCCCAGACCGCAUCUUUAAAGUGGUGUUUGUAGGGAACUCCGGUGUUGGGAAGAGUUCCUUCAUCCACCGCUUCUGCUAUGACAGGUUCUUGGCUGAGCUCAAUGCAACUAUCGGUAUUGAUUACCAGGUGAAGAGUCUGAUGGUGGAUAACACCCAGGUUGCCUUACAGCUGUGGGAUACAGCUGGACAAGAAAGGUUUCGGAGCAUUACCAAGCAGUAUUUCCGGAAGGCAGAUGGGAUUCUGGUGAUGUACGACAUUACGGCCGAGUGCUCCUUCACAGCGGUGCGGAACUGGAUGAGCAGCGUCCAGGAAGGUAUCGAGGAUGGAGCUGUGGUCUUUCUGCUUGGAAAUAAAAUGGAUGCUGCGCAGAGAGAGACCCGGAAUGUGCCCAAGGUGGAGGGGGAAAGGCUGGCGAAGGAGUACAAGGCUGUCUUCUACGAGUGCAGCGCGAUGACUGGCUAUAACAUCAUGGAGCCCAUGCUGCACAUGGCCAGGUUGCUGACAGCACAAGAAGACAGGCAGAGGGAGAAUGCCCUGCAGCUGGAAGAUGUCAGUAGGAGGAAAGGGUGCUGUGCAUAA